CCCAACAUUCCAUGAAAUCAGGAUGGGGGCACAGAUCUUCAGUCAAUCCCGUGGUGAGACUGGUGGGCAGCAGGCCCCGCGUGACAACACCGCUGCUGAGAGAACCUUUGUGUCUCUUGCAGGGUGAGAUGUCAUCGAAGGAGGACUCUCCAGAGCCGGGCACCUCUGCUGCCAGCCCCAGCCAGGAGCCACGGGAUGGCAGCGAGGAGAACCCCUCCUGCCUGGCCUGCCGGGACAUCGACACCAGGUGCUCCAGCUUGUGCUGGCACUGCUUCUGCCGCCUCUGCCUGUGGGAUUGGAGCCUCAGCGACACCGCAUGCCCCCAGUGCCAGCGGCCCAUCCGCCACACGUACCCCCAGCACGUGGCCCUGUACCAUGAGGUGCAGGACCAGGUGUACGACAGCAAGCAGAGGCGGCUCGGCCGCUUGGAGCAAGGCACAGGGAGCUGCUCGGGGCACAGUGGCAGCAGCAGCCACGAUGAGCCCCUGGAGCAGGGCCGAAGGAGGUCCUUGAGGUGGCACCGUGAGGGCCACCAGUGGUCUCAGCACGCCCAAGGGAGCAGCUUCUUGAGAAGGAGGAGGCGUCGGCGGAGAAGGAGGAGGCGUCAGUGGAGAAGGGAUCAGGACAAUGUGCCCGGCGAGGGACGAGCCCCAGGGUCUGAACGGGACACCUCAGACUCCUCGUGGGGGAGGCGAUCCCAGGGCAGGUCCCACACGCCAUGGGGCCGAGAUCAGCAGGGACAGGCACGGGGCCACCGCAGCAGACAGAGGUGGAGAGGCAGGAACAGGGAGCGUUCCCACGGCUGGAACAGGCAAUGGAGCAGGUCCCGCAGGCGACGCCGGGACACCCAGACAUCGUCCUCAGGAACGGAGCCCCACAGUGACUCCUCGAGGCAGAGGCACUGGAGGAGCAGGAAUGCUGGUGAGCGACGAGCUCCAAGGCACCAACAGCACAUCCCAGACUCCUAAGGGAGGAACCGGUACCGGUGCAGGACCCAGAGCCAUGCAGGGCACAGGACCCAGUAGCCCACCCUCCCAAGAGGGGAAAGGCCACACUCAGUCCUGGCACAGGACAGCCCAGAGUGUCCAGCCAGCCUUCUGUGAUCUCCCAGCAUGGAGCCACCAGAUCCCCUCUGGGCAUCCUGUUCUGGGGUUUGAGUCCCUCUGAAUAAACAAAUGUCACUUUA